CGAAUUAAUUAAACAAGAUGGCUCACCAUUAAUAAAAGAAAUAAAACAGAAAAUUAAAGAUUAUUUAUAUCAGGAUGGUCUAUUAUAUUACUUUGAUUCAGAAACAAGAAGUUAUCAGUUAUGUGUACCAAGCAAUUCGGAUUUAAAAUUAAAAAUAUUACAUGAUUCACAUGAUGCACCUGUAGCGGGACAUUUUGGUGAUUACAAAACAUCUGUGUUAAUCAAACAAUCUUAUUAUUGGCCUCGUAUGUCAAGGGAUAUAAAAAAGUACGUUUUUAGCUGUCAGUCAUGUCAACGAAAUAAAGCUAUGAAUCAACAAUCAUUUGGUCAACUGCAAUCAUUAGCUAUACCAAAAGGGAGAUGGGAACAAGUGACGAUGGACUUUAUUGUUGGCUUACCCAAGACAGCAGCUGGUUAUGAUUCAAUUAUUGUUUUUAUUGAUCGGCUCACAAAACGAGCUUAUUUUAAACCAACUAAAUUUCAGGCAACUGCAGUUGACACAGUGACAAUUUUCUUCGAAACAAUAUUUCGUCAUCAUGGUUUACCUAGAGUUAUUAUAAGUGAUCAGAAAUGGGAUAAAACAUUAACACAAAUAGAAUUUGCUUAUAAUAAUUCGAUACAAACAUCAAUAGGUUUUAGUCCAUUCUUUUUAGACACGGGCCGUCAUCCACGAAUUACUGAACAGUUAACAUAUCCAAUAACACCACAACAAGAUACAUCACAAACAGCAACUGACUUUUUAAACGAUAUGCAACAAAAUCUUGAAGCUGCACAAAAUUCAAUAUCAAAUGCUCUACUUAAACAAGCUAAAUAUUAUAAUAAGAAACGUCAAGCAAAACAAUUUCAAGUUGGUGAUUACGUUUUGCUAAAUACAAAAUGUUUAACGUUUAAAUUUGAUGAACAAAAACUACCACGAAAACUAAGACCAAAAUAUUUAGGUCCGUUUGAAACUGUAAAUAAGUUAUCACCGUCGGUACAUGAAUUAGACUUACCACAAAAUCUCAAAAUACAUCCAAUAAUAAAUAUAUCAUCAUUAAGACCGUUUGUUUCAACACCAGAAGAAUUUCAACAGCGAGUAAUCAAUCCGCCAAUAACAAUCACAUAA